CUUUCUCUCAGACGUGUUGGCGCUUCUCACUCAAUGGCGAAGACUCGAAGAGGUGAGAAAGCAGCGAAAGCAGAAGCUGAUGACAGUGGCGAUGGUCUCGAAAUAAUCUCCGUCGGUUCACUCUACAAAGGAGCAUGGGACAAGAAGUACUGGACUACCUCUAGGGGAAAAGAUCGGUAUCCAUAUCCUGUUGGUUAUCAGGCUGUUCGAGCUUACAAUGGGAUCACUUUUAAGAUGGAAAUUUGUGAAGGUGUCAAUGGCCCUAGAUUUUUGAUCUCUUCUGAUGAUGGGAGUUCAUGUUCUGGGAAAACGCCUGACCAACCAUGGGAGGAAUUUCAGAAGAAAAGUUGCCCCCGCAUCAAGAUUUGGCAUGGAAAGAGACUUUCACCUAGGAUGGAUGGCUUGGAGUUUUUUGGGUUCAAAAAUCAGUCUAUCCAGAGGUUGCUCCGUGAACUGGUAACAAAUGUAAAUGAAAUAGCAGAACGGAGCUUGGUAUCCCCAAACACCUAUGAGGGGGUUGCUAGAGCAGAUCAUGAUGAUUGCUGCCCAAAUGUAGGCACAUAUCCUGAUUUACUACUUUACCUCGGAAAACCACACGUUACAAGGAAGAGAAGCAGAUGUGAACUCAAAAACAAAAAAUUAAAUGUACGAGCUAGACCUCAGUCUCCAGAAUUCAUAUGUAGUGAACCCUCAAAUGUAAAGAACGAGAAGAGUUGUGGUCAGGGGAGUUCUACAACCCAUUAUGGUUCAGAAGUACCUGAGGUCCACAAUCAUAUAAAGAAUCGUCUUGAAAUUUCUAAUAAUAAAGAAGUGGGAGCUAUGCCUUCUGAAGGGACAACUGGUUUUCUCUUUUCUGAAAGUUGCAGGGCUAAAGAACUAACUGAAAACUUGUCCACAGAAGAACCUCUUCAUAGGUCGCGUUAUGUGGAGUUGAAGAUGUCUAAUUUGUUGGUGAAAUCAGAAGACAAUAAACUAAUGCAGUCACAUUCUAAGGAGUCUGUAGGUUGUAUUGACAUUGAUCUGUGUGCUCCUGAUACCCUAGAUUUUGUGCAAGAAAAUACUCUUGAUUCUGGCCCAAGUGAACCAGAUAAAAAUGCUUACAUUAAGACAGCUUGUGAGAUCACAUCUGGAGAAUUGUUAAAUGCAGAGCAUGAAAAAGUGGUCAAAUCUAAUUCAAAUCGCUCUGAAAAAGGUGACUUUGGUUCAGCUGGCCAUGAUGUAGCAAACUCGAUGAUGUCACUUCUGCUUCCUCAGGCAGUUCCUCUACUGAGGUCUGUUUCAACAGAUAAGGAGCUUAUCAUUAGUCCUGCAGAUAUGCCACCUUCUCAGGUCAAUUCGAAGGACGAACAUGAUAAAGUCGGACAUAGUUUGGAAGUAGCCUCAUCUGGUAAAUAUUACCUUAUCUAGAAUAUUGUUUCUGAG